UCUGACUGGGGCUGUGUUAACACCGCCACGGACUGGCUUUUUCGGUCUGCCUGUCUGUUUGUGUGUAUGUGUCUGUCUGUGUGCACUCAGUCUUGAGGAGUCGACGUUGACGAGGAGGAGAACAAUCGAAAGUUAGCGCGUGGAUACAACUACCAGGCAACUAAAGACGCUAUGGGUUGGACAACGAAACUGUUCGUACUGUCCUUAUUAGGACUCGCGGCGUGUCAGCAGAGAUCGAUCAGCGGAGGUCGUCGACGUCAGCGCGUCCCGGCCGGCAAAUCCGAAGUAGCCGACUUCAACUGCCCUGAAGACUUCGGUUACUACCCGCACCCGACUGACUGCUCCCAGUACUACGUCUGCGUGUUCGGUGGAGCCCUUCAGGAGUCUUGUACUGGAGGACUCGUCUACAGCCACGAACUGCAGACCUGCGACUGGCCACGUAAUGUAGUGUGCAACCUGACGCAGGCGGGCUCGGGCGUGUCCACCGUCAGGAUCACGGACCCUCGAACUCGGACCAACCCCGUCAGGCCCGUUACAGAACCUCUUACGUCUUCUGUGAGCAGCUUCGAUGACCGCCUGGAUAACAGCCUCCGUUCAUCCCAGAGUCUGCGAGUUGCUAAUGCUUUCGACAGCAGCGACAAGGCCAAUCGCCAAGCUCGAUUCUUCCGGGAUCAGCAAGAACCGAAACAACAGGUUAUCACUUCCCAGCGAUUCCAGGAUCUCUUCCCAGAUACGGCGGUCCAAGAAUCCAACAGGCGCCUUGUUAACACCGCUCCUGUGUUCCCUCCACGCCAGCCUACUCCUGCUCCUCGUCCAGCUCCUCAGCCUGUUACUCCUUCCGUUGAUGACACUUUCUACGGCGAUCUUAACUUCACUGAUGCCGAUUACUUCUACUAUUACGACCUUUACGACGUAGAUUACUACGACAAUGCUCCAACCGCUACACCUGCUCCAGUCAGACGCCCAGUAACUGCAGCGCCAACCAGAGAGGUCACAAGUGCGGUUGAGUUUGAGACCCGACCUCCGUCACGUUCAACCACAACCACCACCACAAGUACCACCACAACCACAACCACAACCAAACCCCGUCCUCGCACUACCACCACUACCACCACCACCUCUACCACCCCCGCUCCCACCGCCGGUCCUAAAUUGAGGCCUAUUCCUGAAAGACGUCGCGUGGCUGCCUCUAGCUCCAAGUCUUUCUCACGAGGAGGAACUGCAAGAAGUGGAUCUUCUGUCCCCUCUAGUAACUCCCCCACCCCCUCUUCCUCCCUCCGGGCGUCGAGCUCUCCUUCCAGGCUCACCGCGUCGUCCUCCAGGAGCCAGCCCCUUCCCUCCUCCUCCUCCUCCAGGGACGGUCUAACCCAGCUCUUCGAAUUUUCCGACUUUGACUUUGAUUCUGCACGCCCUGGCUCCUCCUUUUCCUUCUCGGGCGUCGAAUCCCCCGACCAAUCUACUAUUUCAAAGCCUGGCCGCUCUGAAUCCUCCCGCCAACAGUCCUUUAGGCAACCCCAAUCCCCCCGUGCCGAAGAGACCGUUUCCCGAACCCAAUCCCGGUCCAGAUCCCAACCCCAAUCCCAGUCCCAAUCCCAGUCUUCCUCCGGGAGCGAGACCCGAGCUCACCCAGCCCGAAUCCAGGCUGCGGUCCCGGCCAAGAAACCCCAAGCUAUUUCCCGCACGCCCACCAAUGAGCAGAUGUCCUCCCAGGCCUUGAGGGCAAGAGCUCCCCUCACCUCCACCCUCUCUCGCUCCUCUUCUUCUAUCUCCUCCCAACCAUCCUCAGCUUCCAGUACUCUCCGUGCCUCCGAGUUAUCCUCUCGAGGCUCUCCCUCUACUUCUGCUUCCUCCUCUUCCUCCUCCUCCCAACGCUCUUCUCAGUCUUCUUCUCCCUCUUCCGGUAUCGGUUCCUCUAGUUCCCCCGAGAGUACCCAGAGCAGGUCAAGACGCCCAAGCACUUCCUCCUCUUCUUCUUCUUCGUCCAACCGCGGUUCCUCGUCCUCCUCCUCCUCCUCCUCCUCCUCCUCCUCUUCGUCAACCAGUGGACCCGUGACUGUAGACACUUCGGUGCCAAAGAGGAGUAGGCGUCCAACCUUGAAGCCCGUGUCAGAAAUCGCUCCCUCAGGUGCCACGUCCUUCGUCGAUAUCUGGAAAUAUCCCCCUAGGAGGCCAGCUCCAGUCCGCCCUCAGCCUCCCGUUGACACAAAGGCCACCAAGUGCGACCCCAAAGUGUGUGUUCUUCCAGACUGCUACUGCGGAGGAAAAGAUAUUCCAGGUGGUUUCGCCCCCGAGACAGUUCCUCAGAUUGUCCUAUUAACAUUUGACGAUGCUGUGAACGAUCUCAACAAAGGGCUAUACCGCGACCUCUUUGAAGUUGGGAGAACCAACCCCAACGGAUGCCCUAUUGCCUCCACCAUGUAUGUUAGUCACGAGUGGACUGACUACUCCCAGGUUCAGAACCUUUAUGCUGAUGGACACGAAAUUGCCUCACACUCAGUGUCGCAUAGCUUCGGCGAGCAGUUCUCAAUCAAGAAAUGGGCAAAGGAAAUCGCUGGACAGAGGGAAAUCAUGGCAGCCUAUGGUGGUGUUAAGAUGGAGGAUGUGAGGGGCAUGAGAGCACCAUUCUUGGCUAUUGGCGGCAACAAGAUGUUCAAGAUGUUAUACGACUACAACUUCACCUACGAUUCCUCCAUGCCUGUCUACGAGAACAAGCCUCCCAGCUGGCCAUACACUUUGGAUUAUAAGAUCUUCCACGACUGCAUGAUCCCUCCUUGUCCCACCAACUCUUAUCCUGGAGUAUGGCAGGUGCCCAUGGUGAUGUGGCAGGAUCUGACUGGCGGCCGCUGCUCCAUGGGUGACGCCUGCACCACGCCCCCCGACGCCGAGGGAGUCUACAAGAUGCUUAUCAAGAACUUCGAGAGACAUUACACCAGCAACAGGGCGCCAUUCGGUCUGUUCUACCACGCCGCUUGGUUCACCACACCUCACCAUAAGGAAGGUUUCAUCGCCUUCCUAGACACCAUCACAGCCAUGGACGAUGUUUGGCUCGUCACUAACUGGCAGCUCCUUCAGUGGAUGCGUGACCCUCAACCACUUAGUACAGUCAAGAACUUCCCUGCGUUUGGCUGCAAUUAUCCAGAGCGUAAGCGCUGCACCAGCACCAAGGUCUGCAACGUAUGGCACAAGGGAGGCGUGCGUUACAUGCGAACGUGCCAACAGUGCCCCGAGAAAUACCCUUGGACUGGCAACACCGGAGUCAACAGCCCACUGAACGAUCUCUAAACGACCUAACUUAUUGCCCACCUCACGACUGUGAUCUUGUGAUUUUGUUCGUUCGCUCUUGUUGUUUCAGGACCAUGGUCUAAUAGCGUCGUUGGGAAUCGCUAAAAGGAAGAAUUGUAAUAAGGAAGUUUGCGAAAUUGAAUUGCCAAUUAUGUAGUAGGUACAAUGACCCCAUGCUUCUGAACGAACAGAAUGUGACGACGCACGACUGAAUGCCUAUUUACGCAAGGUUAAUUAGGUUAAGCACUUAUGUUAAAAUAUUUCGAAUUCAUUACCAUUACAGUUGGAAAGGCUCUUGUUGCCGUUAAAAAAAUACAUGUUUCACGCCCACGCAAGUAUUCUUAAACACAAAUACGCUUCAUUUAGUUUGGUAAACAGUGCAAACUCCUAUGGAGUCUUUUUUUUAUUAGACCGUAUUUUUUUUUAUAUUCACAAAAAAAAAACUCGCAUAAAAAUAUAAAAUAGAGCUAUCCACACACAACUCUUCUAUUUGCAAACGUGACGUGAAGCAAGUCUGAUAAAUUUCCUGUUAUCGUGAUGUUUCGAUCCCUUUACCUUGACGAUAUUAAAAGUGUCAUUAUCAGCUCAUUUUAAACUGCAUGACUCUUAGUAAUCUUCAUUUUCAUACUAUACAAAAGAGAAUGAACCUUACUGAACUUGAGUAUAGGUUAAAAAGUCUGGUAUUGUCACACACAAUAUAGACUAAGAGAUGUAGAUAUGUAUAUAGACAUUUCAUUUUACAUGUUAUAACUGUACCCUUGAGCAUAUGGUUGAAAAAAAAGAGAUGUUCUGGCUAUAUCAGUGCAAUAAAUAAUAAAUAUUA